AUGGCAGUGAGCGGUACCAACUCAGUAGACGAAGUCGACUCGAUUUUUACGUCACCUUGCUGGCAAAAUUCAAGUACCAGCGACUAUAUUGACCACAAGUUAAUUUUGGACGGUACCAUCAGCAACUUGGGUUCGGACAAGAUGCUUCUAGACAAUUCCAUGCAGGACGACAAUGCGGAAAUGGAAUCCAAAGUGUCCAUGGAAGCUUUGGACAAUCUACUAAGUUCUUCGCAACCAAUGAGCUUAGCCGAACUAAAACCAUUACCGCCUUUUACCGGAUAUACGGCAAACUUAAGUAUAAACGGUAUCCAAGGACAUCAUUAUCAUACGAUAUCGCAACGAGUACCCGAAGAGAAUAACAAUUAUAGUAACUAUAGUGAACAAAAUAUUGUGUCCAGUUCUACGUGCAAUAUCGGUUCGGAUAGUGGCGACGAGAAACUCUACAAUGUAGACGAAGUGGUGAAAUUAGGUUACUCGGAUUGUGUAGACGAUGGCGGAAUUAAAACUGAAAUAAGUGAAUACGAUAUUUCUUCAAUAGACGAUAUCGCUGCUAUAAUUGGGUCAGCAAUCGCUGACACUACAGUACCUAAUAAUAAUAAUAGUAAUAACGAUAAUAGUGACGAUCCAAACGCUUCCAGAGACAGUUGGAUGGAUUUGGACGCUUGGAUCGACCAAACUUGUAACGAUCAACAAAAAAACUCGAUAAUGAAUCAAGAGGAAUUUCUACUUCCCAGCACUAGUAAUAACAAUAACGAAUUUAGUAAUAAGCAACAGAGUAGUAGCUCGUCUACAUUACAAAGCCUACUGACUCAUCCCAACAUGCCUCUAUUACAAUAUCGGUUGCAAAAUGGUCCUCCAAUCAAACAAGAAGAUUUAAUGUCAGCUUCUAGUCCCCCAAAUGUAGUAUCUACAACAGACAACCUCCUCCUGACAGUCAAUGGUAGAUUCAUACCCCAAUACACUCUACACAUGGACGACCAUCGACUGCGCAAUAGCCCUGACGAUAUGUUAAACUACCCCCACACAACAACCACAACUACUCCAAGCACGAAAAAGAGCAGAAGCAGAGCGCAAAAGAAACAACAGCAACAAGCCACCUCUACAGUAUUCUCAACCGAUCAAACCUUGGGGCUGUUGGGCAAAGAAAAACCUGUUCAUAGAUGUAGCAUUUGUAAUCGGGGCUUUCUGAACAAAAGAUACGAAGUUGUGAUAGUAAAAGGGGGCCAGCGAGUCUGCGGAGCAGGAGCCGUACUAGGCAAUGCCCCUUUAGUCCAGUCAAAGUCUUACUUUGAAGUUAAAGUGCAACAAGGGGGGUCUUGGUCAGUGGGCUUAGCUACGAGGCAAACGGAUUUGAGUUUGACUGUUGGGGGUAUGGACGAUUAUUCCUGGACGCUGUGCAGCGACCAUAUUUUUAGGCACAACAAGCAAGAGUUGCAUAAGUUGAGUAUUUCUGGAAAUCCAGAUGAAGGGUUGCAAAGUAUCCAAGAGGGCGACAUUAUCGGGGUGGCUUUUGAUCAUAUUCAAUUGAGGUUUUAUGUAAAUGGGGUUGAAAUUGAUUAUUGCAUAUCGAAUAUUAAAGGGACUACUUAUCCUGCCUUGUAUGGUGAGUAA